CCACUGACUCUCCGUCUGUCCGGCCGGGCGCUGGUGUAUUUCGUAACCGGCGGUGGUGUCUCCUCUCCUCCUCUCAGCCAUGGCAGCGGUCAGGACUCUCAGGAAACUGUGCCAACACUCCCAGCACCAAGUCUGUAAACUGCACACGUCCGCCUCGAGGCAGGAGGCAGUGGUCAUCUCAGGAAAGAAACUUGCGCGGCAGAUUCGCGAGGAGGCCCGGGUCGAUGUGGAGAAAUGGGUUCUAGCCGGCCACAGGAGACCCCAUCUGAGUGUGGUCCUCGUGGGAGACAACCCAGCCAGCCACUCCUACGUCCUGAACAAGACACGUGCUGCGGCCGAUGUCGGAAUCUCAAGUGAGACAAUUCUCAAGCAUUCAGACAUCAGUGAGGAGGAGUUACUGGACUUGAUCUACAAACUCAACGCAGACCACCGUGUGGACGGCCUGCUGGUCCAGCUGCCUCUGCCAGACCACAUCGACGAGCGUACGAUCUGCAAUGCAGUUUCCCCGACGAAGGACGUAGAUGGUUUCCACGUAGUCAACGUGGGUCGCAUGUGCCUGGAUCAGUCCACCAUGCUGCCUGCCACUCCCUGGGGAGUCUGGGAAAUUAUUAAACGCACAGGUAUUCCUACUCUUGGGAAGAAUGUCGUGGUUGCAGGACGCUCCAAGAACGUGGGAAUGCCCAUUGCCAUGUUGCUGCACACAGACGGCCGACACGAGAGGCCCGGAGGUGAUGCCACAGUCACCAUUUCUCACCGUUACACUCCAAAGGAUCAACUUCGCCAGCACACUAAAAUCGCUGAUAUCAUCGUGGCUGCUGCAGGGAUUCCAAACCUGAUUACGGCGGACAUGAUCAAAGAGGGAGCAGCAGUGAUCGACGUCGGAAUAAACAGAGUGCAGGACCCCGUCACUGGGAAGAACAGGCUGGUGGGAGACGUGGAUUUUGAAGGUGUGAGACAGAAGGCGGGAUUCAUCACCCCGGUGCCAGGAGGAGUUGGACCCAUGACUGUGGCGAUGCUCAUGAAAAACACUAUCAAAGCAGCAAAGAACGUCCUGCUGUUCCCCCCAGAGAGGAUCCGCAUGGCAGCUGCGUCUUAAUGGGUCACAACAAAUCCCACCAACAGCGACACAUUCCUCCCGAGCACCACCACAUCCUCAUUUUGGACUCGGAGCGACCUGCUGGGCUCCGCUUGCACACAGACUGGAAAGAUGAGAGCUUUGAGGCUCUCUUUCUGCUGACAUCUUUAACCUUUCCUAACUUCAAGUCCAGCCAUGUUUAGACUGUUACUCAUGCAGCUGCACGUUUUUAUGUACCAGAGUUUUCAGUAUUUAUCAUUUGCAAUGUACUUCUUUGGUGGUUUUUAAGGAUUCUUAAGAUAUUGUUUUAUUUAUUGCUACAGUGACACGGUAUUUAAACAUGAAUGAGGACAGGUGACAUAUUUAACUUGAAGCUAGUGAGCAGCUGAAGCAGAGAGAUUGAGGCCUGUCUGUUGUGUUUCUUUCAGUUUAGUUUAGCCUUAUGUACCAAGAGUGAUAAGGGCUAACACCAUCAGGAACAACUACGUUUAUCAAUUUACAAGCUUUAAAGAUUCACAAUUGCCUUUGUAAAAACUUUGAAAUAAAGAUUACAGAUAUGUUCUCAA